AUUAACACCAUGCUCCUGGGGAUCCUCGUGGUGCUCAGCUUCAUCCCCACUGCUGAUGUAACAGAAAACAAGAUUUUAGUGGCUCAGCGUCCUUUGCUCACUGUAGAUAACAAAACUGCAACUCUGAUCUGCAACUACACAUACAAUGGAACAGGGGAGGAAUUUCGAGCUUCAUUGCACAAAGGGGCAAACAGUGCAGUGGAAGUUUGCUUUAUUUCAUGGAACACAUCCAAAAUUGUCAGUAAAUUAAAUAAAGACUCCAACUGCCAUGUGACUCAUGAUAAAGGAAAAGUCAUCUUCAAUCUUUGGAAUAUGAGUGCCAGCCAAACUGACAUCUACUUCUGCAAAAUUGAGGCCAUGUAUCCACCUCCGUACGUCUGCAAUGAGAAGAGCAAUGGGACUGUCAUUCAUGUGAAAGAGACACCCAUCGAAAUACAAGAGCCUCAGUCUGCAAUUUCUUUGUGGAUUAUGGUGGCAAUGACUGGAAUCCUUGCUUUGUACAGUAUGCUAAUAACCACAGUUUUUAUUAACUACUGGCAAAAAUCCAAGAAGAAUCUGUACCAUCAGAAUGACUACAUGAACAUGACUCCCCGGCAUCCACCAUACCAGAAGAAGAAAGGUUACCCAUCCUACGCUCCAACACGAGACUACACUGCAUAUCGGUCCUGGCAACCAUGA